AGGUGGGCGAAAGAGAGACCCCGGCUGGUGAUUACCAUGGUGGCACAACAAAAUGCGGAAACUGGGAUCUGCCAACAGUGUGGCAGCAGUCCAGCUGCUGUCCGUUGUCGUGACUGCCGACCACACCCACUCUUAUGUGCUGAGUGUGAUGUCAGUUUACACAGAAACCAGGUGUUCCACAACAGGGAUGCAACAAUAGCUGGAUUCUUUCAGCCAUUGCCUCCAACAACCUGUGUCGUAGAGAGGGUUCUUUCCCAGUGUGUGUGUAUUGUGCCGUUGGAGAUGCCCGAGAAAAUAUGUACUUGUUCUCCGGGAACGUUGAGUGUCAACCCAGGAAAAGUUGUUGCUGUGGUUACAAUAAAUGGACGAUAUGAUCUCUGUAUGCCUGAGAUGAAAUGCGAGGCAUGCAAAGCCACUUGGAGCGCUGGAGUCGAUGACUUGGUCCGUAAUGACUACUGGCUUGCGACCCUUCACUUCUCCACGGUGUACUCUACCGAUGUGUUUCAUUCACAUGAAGAGUUGAAGAUGGCAGCAGCAGGACUUUCCUGUCAAGCCUUUUUGAGAAUGCUUGAUCAACGAACUGUCCGCUUCGGCCGUACUGGGAAGAUCACAGCAGACAGCUUCAGAAAAAGCUUUUUGGAGUGGGAGGCUGUUAGAUUUGAAGUCGACAAGAUAUGCAGGGAGGAGCCUUUUGUCUGUCCUGCAUGCACCCCAGACAUGCUUGCCGUUUCAGUGGACGGAAAUCGCAAGCACUACCGCUUUAAGAAUGCAGCAAGAUCUGAGGAGCAAGCCUUAUUUGAUGGCAUCUUCAUUGCAAAAGAUGAUGAAGUAGAGAGAUUUGUGGAUUACAUUCAUUCUACCACCAACCAUGUCUCUGGAAGAGGUGUCUGUGGAGGGGAGUGUUUAGCAGCCAGAGAAACAUCUCAGAGAUCCUCGAGUAAAAUUGAUGAGGAGGGACUUGAGCUUGCGGUGCGUCGACAUGGAGUUUUUCUCUGCGCUCUCAACAUGUUCAGGGGAGAAAUCUACGCUUAUCCCCUCUACCUGCAGAACAAGCUGGCAAAUAAGCCAAUAACCUUUUUUGCCAUGGAUGUUACAUGCAAGUACUGGCCCUACCUCAACAAAGUGGCAAAAAGCUGCCCGGAGCUCCAGCACCUUCUUGACAUGAAGCCAUUCCUGUCAGUGUUUCAUGCUAAAGCCCAUGACUUUAAAUGUGAGUUUAAAUGGAGUGGAGCUUACCAGCAAGGGGCUGGAUUGACACUUGGGGAGGAGGUUGAGCAGUGCAACGCCUUCCUCUCUAGGAUUGCUGUGAUGACAAACAUGUGUCCAAAGCAGGUAAGUUUACCACACACUGCACUUCUUAGAUUGAAAGUGUUAUAAGGAAAGUGUAGCAGCUGCAAAUCUCCACCUUCUCACCCUGUUAACAAAAGCACUCAAAUGACUGUACCUCCAGAUUCUUGUAAUUAUGGUGAGCUUUGUUGAGGUCACUCAUUUUCCGACUCUACGCCAAAUGUCUCGAGACACUGACUUUUUUGACACUCUCCUGCGCCAUUUGUCUACUGUCAUGCAACACCAUACCAAGCUACUUGAUUACUCUUCUCCCCCACCGUCAACUCUCUGCUAAUAAUUUGUUCUGUUCACUUGACAAGAAAAAGGCACAAGACUGCAGGUGAGGGACAUGUAGUAAAAAACAGAUGAGUUUAUUUUUUUUAUUUUUUGCAGGUCGCACAGACAUGCUUACGCUGAUGGCCAUGCGCUGGAAUCAGCAAAAGUUUAAUAACUUGGCUACUUCACUUGCCCGCCGAUAUCAGAAGGCCACAAAAGGCCUGGAAAGCCGGCUUCAGGACCUGGAGGUCAUGAGAAUCCAACUGGCAGUGACACAGGUUGAAGUUGAGGGCUGGGUCACUGACGUAAAAGAGUGGGCAGAAGCAACAACAUCCCAAAAGAAUGCAGAUUUUGACGCGGUGACUAGUAGACUGGAGGUGCUGGUGGCCAGCAUUAAAAGGUCCCAGCGCCUUUACAAAGACACCGAUGGCAGCAAAGGUCGGGCCCGGAUUCGGCGCAAAAUCAGAGAGGAGAAGGCCAUUCUUGGCUCUGUUGCUGACAAAUACAACAGCAUGGUUCCAGAUGCAGAGAGAAUCGUCUUUGACAGCAUUCUCUCUGAGGAGACAGUUUGGCCGUGGCAACUUUCACAUGGUGACAAUGUAGAUUUGAAAACCAAGAGGAAGGCGUUUGACGUUGUGAUGUGCUGAAGUUCUUCAAGGAAAGUGGUCAAAUCCGGGAUAGCUUUUAACAGUUACUUUAUUUGGUAAAGUAUUUCGGUAUGGUAACUAAUACUAUGGAGCAAAAGGAGGUGGAAGCGUGUCUUGCACGUGCUGAGCGUCUCCUAGCUGAUCAUAAACAUUAACCCUAUGUCUGUAAGCUGCCGAGAAGAUUCUGAUGAGCCCUUGGCUCGAUGUAGACUGUUAUGGUCGAAUGCACAUGGCCUGGAAGGAGUGGGAGGAGCCGGUGUGACGUAUUACCCUCGGCUUCCUCACUUGUCUGUGGUGCUGCCUUCUGUGGAUGGAGCAGCUAUUGCAGCCUACAGUAAGGUCAUGCUCCCCUUGUGGCUAUGUAUAGUAUUUACGGCUUAUAUGUUUGGUCCUGCUUCCUAGGGUCUAUGUGUGGGUAGCUCAGGUUCUUAAAAUA